AUAAAAAAAUGCCGUGAUUAACGUAAAAAAGGCAAAACGGUAAAGGUUUUCUCCGGGGAGAGCUAAAAUAUAAUUUCGUUUGUUCUAAAAGGCAUUAGGAAAUUUAAUUUUUAAUGCGUGAAAAAAAUUUUAAAUUUUUAACUUCGAAUACAACACUGCUUUUCGUUUCCUCUUUCCACCCUUUGACAAUUGACUGCCUGAACGAAAGAAUUGAAUGUUUAGAAAUCAGCUGUGCAAUCAGAGAGAAAAUUGGCAAAUAUUUUAGAAAAUAAAAAUUAUUAAUUAAACAUAAAAGCGUUAAACAUGAGCGAUCAUAGCUCUUAUGAUAACGUCCCCAAAAGUGAGCAACCACCGCUACUGCUACCUAUCACAUUGAAUUGCAAUCCAGCCACCAACCGCGUCAACAACAUAACUACCAACGCUCCUGUAGUGGGUGGCGAUAAAGAGCUCACGCCAGGGCGUUGCAAUUUACAAAAUUGGCUCGGUCAUACAUUCAGAGUUGUGAUAACCGAUGGACGCGUACUUGUUGGCUUCUUCAAUUGCACCGACAAAGACGCUAAUGUGGUUCUAUCCAUGUGCGCAGAAUACUUAGAAGAGGGUAAAGAUGCACGCAUACUUGGUAAUGUAAUGAUACCGGGGAAGCAUAUUGUUUCAAUUGCGGUGGAUAUGCCCAGAGCGGCAGCACUAUCAGAUAAACCAAAUGCUGCUUCAGCGCCGGAUGUGCUAUAGUGUGAUAAGUUAAAACUGGCAUACAAGAAAAACUAUGCAAUUUUUGUAAGUAGUUUAAGUCACAACUUUUAUUUAGUUUAACAUUAGCAAAAACAAUAAAAUAACAAAAUCCGACUAUGAACUAAGA